GGGUGGGGUGAGGAUCUCCGCCCUUCCCGGGAGAAGAGGAGGAGGAGGAGGCGUCGCCUCCCGCCCUCCCCCGGAUCCGGUUUCUCGGCUCCCGCCCUCUCCCGCAGCGUCGCCCUGGGGCGCGCCGAGCUGGUCUGAGCCGUCGGGAGCUGCCGCGAUGGGAGCCUGGGGCCUGGCGGCGAUGGUGCUCUGCAGUCUGGCUGCUGCAACCUCCGUCUCAGCCGAUGAGGACUGCAAGUGGUACAUGGACCGAAAUGGCUCAUGGCAUCCUGGCUUCGACUGCCACAUUCCCUCCUUCUGCUGUGGUGACUGCUAUCAGCGUUACUGCUGCAUUGACCUCAGGAAACUCUUCACUGAACGGCAACAAAAGCACUGCAUAGCAUUUGGCCCCAAAACCAUUGCUGGCAUCGCUUCAGCUGUGAUUCUCUUUGUGGCUAUUGUUGCCACAAUUGUCUGCUGCUUCCUGUGCUCCUGCUGCUACUUGUACCAGCGACGGCAUCACCUUCAGACACCCUAUCAAGGUCAAGAGAUCCCACUUUCUUGCUACCCUGCCCAGCCUCCAGGGCCUUACCCUAUGGAUCCCAAAGCUGGGCCAGCACCGUAUCAUCCUGGCUAUACACCAGUUGUUUCCUAUCCUCCCACAGCACCAGCUGCACAGUAUCCUCUAUACCCACCUGGGCCACCAUACUACAACCCUGCAGCUCCCCCACCCUAUAUCCCACCACAGCCGUCACAGCCCAGCACCUGAGGAGGACCUUGCAGAGACUAUCCAAAGGAGCCCUUUCUCUCUGCGUCUGCUGUUUCCACAGAACCUGUAUUGGGUUUCCCGCUGCACUGAAACUCCAGCCCAAGCUUCAGCAUUUGCCAGUGUCCCUACUAGUUACCUUUUGCUCUGCAUGGUAGGAGGCAUCAUGACUCUCUGCAUCUUUGCCUGCGCACCCGCCACCCCCAAUUCUUGCAAUUCCUGCCUGUGUCACUGUGGGGAAGCUGAUAGUCCCCCUUGCUUUCCACCUGGGCUCAGGAAAGAGCAUGUGUUAAGACCGCCACAAAUGCCACAUGUGUCACUUGACUGUUCCAUUGACUGUGCAGCUGAGUCUCUUCGAUGGGAAAGGAAGAGGUGACCAUCUCAAGGUGGCAACGAAGAGCAAAGUGCAAUGGUCUGUAUCUCACAGAAGGACUUUGGUCCACCCUGUUCCCUGACAAAGCACAAGGAUCCAUUACGCCUGCUGUUCAUGGCCCUAGGUUGAAGUUUUGUCUCUUAAGGAAGUCCUGAAACUUUGGAAAAAGGGGAUGGGAGGAUACGCAAAUACCCCAGGAGCCUGAUAUCACAUGUGGCUGUUAUACGCCAUUAAACUUACUCACCCAGUGUCCCUUCUUUUUUUACAAAAACAGCUAAGCUGGGUACUUAUCCAGCAUCCCUUACCCAAACCCUUUCCACUUCAGCUUUGUCUGUGGCCUUUGAGGGGUGGGUGGAGCUUAGAGCAUCUACUUUAAAUGAGGUUCUUUGCAGCGUUGCCAUUAUUUCACAUUUCCCCAGGAAGUUAUUGGUGCUCCCUGCAGCUUUGCCCGUAUUCUGGCUGCAUGGCUCUUUGUCUUGGCUGAGCAGCUCACCAAUUUGCUCCUGCAGGCUUAAACCAGCCCUUCCUCUCAAACGAUAGCAACCUUCGGUCUGUGGAGAUGAGGAUGCAAGGUCCAGGGUGAUGUCUCUCUCCUGAUUCAUUGACGCCAACCUUUGGAGCGGAUAGUGUUGGAAACUGACUCUUACAGUUUAAUUAUCUGGAGUAGAAUCAUGGCACAGGGAGCAAGGCAAGAGUGUGGAACAAAGGCACAAUAUACCAGUCAGGGUACAAAGGCAGUCAUUGUGUGCAAAAAGGAAAAUGUUGAUGUCACAGCAGUGAAGCAGUUCCCCUUGAGCUCAUGGCUCUUAGGAACGGAUGAGGCCAAUGGGCCCAUUGUCAAGAGGGAAAAUGCACCAUGCAUGUGACCUUUAUCGCAAGACCAGAGCACAACUUUACAUGAUGUGUUGCUGUCGUAUGGAGCUGGGCUGCCGAGAACGUUGUCUGGGAGUACAUCUCAGGAGAAAGCUCAGACCUCUGUCUCUAGGGUGGAGAAUCUCGCAAAUAUUUAUUUGAAGUAUGGGCAGUAUAGAAAUAGCUUAAAUAAAUAACCUGUGCUCCCCCCACUGCUGGACUCCCAUCAACACCAGCUAACAUGGCUAAUAGGCAGGGAUGAUGGAAGCAGUAGUCUAGCAACAUCUAGAACAACCUGCCCCUACCUUGGGUCCCCAAAUGUUGCUGGACUACAACUCCCAUCAGCCAAUGGUCAGGGAUGAUGGGAAUUGCAGUCCAACCAGCUGGGAAUCCAAAGUUGGGAAAGGAUGAUCUGGAGGACCCCAGGUUCCCCACCCCUACCCUAGAUCAAGUCUUGUUCCCACUGUGUGGGGGGCAUGGCCCUGCUAUUUUCCGGGAGCUCAUGUUAUAGUCAGAAUGUCAAGUGUUGGCAUCACAAAACGUUGGCUAAAAUGUGGAUUAAACUUGUAAAUACUGAUAAA